AUGUUGUUCGUUCUCUUAGCCUUGGUAGCAUGUGCUACGGCUGCCCCACAAGAGGAACGCAUUCUGAACUUGCCAAAUCUCGUGGAACCCAUGAGAUCUGCUCAGUAUUCUGGAUAUUUAGAUAUUGAUAACAUUAAGUCCUUAUAUUAUUGGUACAUUGAAUCCGAGUCGGAUCCUGAGAACGAUCCAGUGGUUUUGUGGUUGAACGGAGGACCAGGAUGUUCAUCUAUUACUGGACUUUUUGAAGAAAUGGGACCUUACAGAACGAAUGACUAUGGAGAAACUGUUCAUCGUAACCCAUGGACUUGGAAUCAAUAUGCCAGCAUCAUCUACAUGGACGCUCCAUCAGGUGUAGGAUUCUCAUUACGUACAGACAAUUCGAGCAAUUGGAAGUAUACUGAUGACGAAGUUGCUGAUGAUAACCACAAAGCUUUGAAAAAAUGGUUCGAGAAAUUCCCUGAAAGAAGAUUCAAUGACUUCUACGUUGCUGGAGAAUCUUAUGGAGGAACCUAUGUGCCAAUGCUUUCAGCCCGUUUGGUGAAAGACUCAGAUUACAAAUACACCUUUAAGGGAAUGAUUGUUGGAAACGGAUGUGUCGAUGAUCAACUGAAUACAAACAGUCUCGCCAAUUUCAACUACUUCCAUGGAUUCACUGAUGCCGUGCUUUAUCGCAACACGAUCAAGAAGUGCUGCCCUGAUGCUACAAUCAACAAGCCAUGUGACUUGUACACCAUCUUGUCUGAGCCUAACAACACUUGCUACGAUGAUGCUGACUACUUGACCAGCGCUAACUUCUAUGCUGGAGUAGAUCCUUACUUCAUUACAUACACUUGCUAUCUGAACUCUUACGACUCCGUAGAUGAGACUGAUAUGAAUUACAGAACCGCAGUAUUGAAACGUCAUCUUCGAUUGACUAGUCCUUCAGUUUUGGAAAAAAGUGUUCCAUCAUGUGCUCAUUACAACGAUUCUGUUGUGUACUUGCAGAAAAAGGAAGUAAGAAACGCCUUAAGAAUUCCCGAUUCAGUUCCAACAUUCUGGUCUUGCAACACUGCUGUUGUUAAUCAGUAUGACUUGGAUCCUAAUAAUCAUCACUAUCCUAAUCAACAUGAUAGUGUGUUGGCAGUCGUCAAUGCUAACAUUAGAGUACUUUUCUUCAAUGGGGAUUCAGAUACUGUUUGCAAUCAUGUACAUAAUGCUGAAUUCAUUGCCAAGUUGAAUCUUCCAAAGGUUGCCAAUGAAACGAUUUGGUCUGAUAAUACACAAUUACCCCCAACUGUUGGAAUGGUUACCAAAUAUGAAGGAUUGGACUUCUUGACCAUCAGAAAUGCUGGUCACUUCGCUUCUGGAACAGCAGAGAAACCUAAAGAAGCCCUGCAGAUGUUCUACAACUUUAUCAGGAAUCAAGACUACAGCUCGCCUCUACCAAUUGACCAAGUAGCCAACGCAACCACAAUCAGGCCACCAACGCCGAACAGUACUAUGUCCGGCCAUUCCCAUUGA